GAAUUUCCUUCUUCUUUUGAUUGGAGAAAUGUUUCGAAUAAGAAUUUUCUUUCAGUUGUUAGAAACCAACACAUUCCUCAAUAUUGUGGCAGUUGCUGGGCUCAUGCAGCAACUUCCUCCCUUGCCGAUCGAAUCAACAUUGCAUCCAGUUGGCCAAAUUCAUUACUUCUCAGUGUUCAACACGUAAUUGACUGCGCAAAAGUUGGUUCUUGUCAUGGAGGAAGUCAUUUGGGAGUUUAUCAUUAUGCACUCCAUCAUGGGAUUCCAGACGAAAGUUGUAAUAAUUACAAAGCCAUAGAUGAGAAAUGCAGUGAAUUUGAAGAGUGUGGAUUUUGUAAUUCGACAGGAUGUUUUCCUAUUCGAAACUAUAAACGAUACAGAGCACUUCAUUAUGGAAAAAUUAGAGGUGAAUUUCGAAUGAUGAGAGAAAUAUUCAAUAGAGGUCCAAUCAGUUGUGGAAUUGACGCCACAAAAUCUCUCGCUCAUUACAAUGGAGGAAUAUUCGAGGAAUUCCGUGAAUUCAUCAAAUUAAAUCACGUCAUUUCCAUUGUUGGUUGGGGAAUUGAAAAGGAUACAAAAUUUUGGGUGGUGAGAAAUUCGUGGGGUUCAGAAUUUGGAUUGGAUGGAUUUUUCAAGAUUAAAAGAGGAGUUGAUUUGCAUUAUAAUCUUGGAAUUGAAACUGAAUGUGCAUAUGUUGUG